AUGAGAAUAAUCAAAACACCAUUUCAAAUGAGAGAUUUUGGACAAGACAUGCAGAGUUUAAUGCUGAUUUUAAUCUGCAAUUUUGCAUUUCUCUAUGGUCACGAUAAACAGUUUAACUGCUCGACAGAAAGAAACUGUCUCUGCAUUAGGCGGGGGAAAAUCGUGUUAGCUGAUUGCAGUAGAUUAAAUUUGAAAAGAUCACCAAACUUUACAAACGAUGUUACACGUAUAGACCUUGGAUACAAUCUCUUGGAGGAUAUACCUUCUAAUUUGCCUUUUCGCUUGACACAUUUAAAUGUUACAAAAAAUCUGCCAUUGAAAAGAAUUCGAAAGGAUACAUUGAGGGAAAAUUUGCAUCUUCAGCAUCUUGUUCUGUCUUACUGCAAUCUUAAAGAAAUCGAAAGGGGGACAUUUGAGCAAAAUGGUCAACUCGAACACCUGGAUUUAUCGAACAAUCCGGAACUUACACUCUCUGUAAUGACAAACAUUACGUUUGAUUUGCAGAAUUCCAAAAUCAAAACUCUUCUGUUAGAUAAGCUUCAUUGUACCUAUGGUGUGACUAACAUUUUUCGCUAUGAGUACACAAAGUAUCUUUCAAAAACAAAUCUGAAAACACUAUCUUUGGCGUCCAACAGAAUAUCUUUCUUUGAAAACCAAAUUUUUAAACAUUUGCCGGACUCUCUAGAAGUUUUGAAUGUUGGAGAUAACACUUUAAGUUUUGGGAUAUAUCUAUUUUUAUUACAUGAAUUAAAAGGUUUAAAAAUUCUUAACGCAAGUUUUCAAGACUCAUUUCAUUUGCAAGAUACCAUAAUGUACAAUUGCAAUGAUUCUGGGUAUAGACAGCAAUGCCUCAACAUCGAUCAUGAAAUAAAUACAACAGUGUCAUAUGGUAACCUUUGGAACGUGGAAAAUUCGCAUCACAGUACUUCUAGUGGCGCUUAUAUUAUUGUGUAUUUGCCACCAAACAUAGAAAAAAUAUAUUUUCAUGAUAAUAUGUUUAAAAUGGAAUUGCACAGAUACGAUUUCAAUGUAACUAACAGAAAACUUACUCACCUAUUUCUUCAAAACAACAUUUUCUACAAAUUUAUUGGUCCCCUAAAAGGUCUUCAAAGUGUCCAAUAUCUAGAUCUAUCGAACAAUUUAUGUACAGAUAUUUCGCCAACAUUCUUCGUAGAACUAAACGGAAUCUUAUACCUCAAUGUAUCGCAAAAUUUGUUAGGUAGCUCACUUCAGAAUGAUUACAAUGGUGAUAUUUUUCAAAAUUUAACUGCUUUGAAAGUUUUGGAUUUGUCCGAAAACAGACUGAGAAAUCUGCCAAGAAAGAUCUUCAGAAAUAUGUGUUGCUUAUCUGUAUUGUAUCUUAACAAUAACGCAUUGGAAACAUUUAUUGUUGAACUAUCUCACAUGAAUAAUCUUUCAAAAGUGGAUCUGUCGAACAAUCAAAUUUCCACGAUAGGUGCCAGUGUGAGGAGUAUUGUAAGUAAAAUGGUUGGAAAAAAUAGACAUUUUGAAUUCAAUUUGCUACAGAACCCAAUCCACUGUACUUGCGAAAAUUUGGAUUUUCUAGAGUGGAUGUUAAAGUCAAAAGUUAUUUUCCCCAAAUUAUCAGAGUAUAAAUGCGUUUUUGCAAAUGCUUCGGACACUACUCUGCAGGACUUAGCAAAAACGGUAAAAAAUAUGAGAGUCACUUGUGAUACAUAUCUAACGCUUAUUGUCAUUACGACUCUUGUAUUAUUCACUGUACUAACUAUCAUAACAACUGCUAUUUUAAACCGGUACCGAUGGAGACUUCGGUAUCUAUUCUAUCUUGCUAAAAGACGCUACACGGAGGUCCAGUAUGUGUCCAAGGAAGCUGAUAAAUUAUUCAGAUAUGAUGCUUUUAUUUCAUAUGCCGAAGAGGAUAAAAAAUUCAUUUUUUCAAAACUAGACUAUCUCGAAAAAGAAAAACAUCUUAGACUUUGUUUGCAUAGUAGAGACUUUAUUCCAGGAACCGACAUUGCUGAUAAUAUCGCAAACGCGAUACAUAACAGCCGACGAACAAUGUGUGUUCUAACGUGUGAUUUUCUGAAAUCCUACUGGUGUAUGUAUGAACUGAACAUGGCAAGAAUGGAGUCUAUAUAUUCAAGAGACGGAGAAAGUGUCAUUUUAAUUAUCAUACUAAAGAAGAAUGUCGUCAAAAGUGCACCAUUGAAAAUUAUUGAUUUGUUUGAAAGUCAGUCCUACUUAGAAUAUCCCGAAAAUGAAUCAGAAGUUACAGCUUUCUGGACUAAAAUCUGCGAUACAUUAUACUCCACGUCUGUUCGUCGAUAA